UCCUGCUGAGCCAGUCCAACAGCUGAGUGGAGCCAAACAGAAAGUCCCAAUGGAGGGUCCCCUGGCAGGUGGCUUGGCCGCCCCGGAUCGUCCUCGAGGCCCAGAGAGACUGCCUGGCCCAGCGCCGAGGGAAGACAUCGAGGGUGGGGUCGAAGCUGCUGAGGGGGAAGGUGGCAUCUUCCGGUCCACCCGUUACCUGCCUGUCACCAAGGACGGUCCCCGAGACAUCCUGGAUGGCAGAGGUGGCAUUUCUGUGGCGAACUUCGACCCCAGCACCUUCAGCCUGAUGCGCUGUGACUUCUGCGGCGCCGGCUUCGACACACGGGCCGGCCUCUCCAGCCACGCCCGGGCCCACCUGCGCGACUUUGGCAUCACCAACUGGGAGCUCACGGUCUCCCCCAUCAACAUCCUGCAGGAGCUUCUGGCUACCUCGGCCGGCGCGCCCCCGAGUCCCCUGGGCCGAGAGCCCGGGGGCGCACCUGGGAGCUUCCUGGCCUCGCGCAGACCCCGCCUACCUCUCUUCCCGCCCACCUGGGCCGAGGACCCGGGGCCCGCCUACGGAGAUGGCCUGGGUCCUGAGGAAAGCAUAAUGGUGGCCAUGGACCUGGCUUCCCCCCCGCUCCAUAAGAAGAGCCUGCCUGUCCCUGGGGCCCUGGAGCAGGUGGCCAGUCGGCUGAGCAGCAGAGUGGCUGGGGGGGGGGCUCCUCUGCCAGACCUCAAGGCCCAGAGCCUGACCACCUGCGAGGUCUGCGGAGCCUGCUUUGAGACCCGCAAGGGGCUGUCCAGCCACGCGCGCUCUCACCUACGGCAGCUGGGGGUGGCGGAGUCGGAGAGCAGCGGCGCCCCCAUCGACCUCCUCUACGAGCUCGUGAAGCAGAAGGGGCUGCCCGCCUUGCCCCUUGGGCUGCCCGCCGGCCUGGCCAAGAAGUCCAAUUCACCCAAGGAAGUGGUCACCGGGGCCUCCCGACCGGGCCUCCUCGCCCUGGCCAAGCCCCUGGAUGCCCCCGCCGUCAACAAAGCCAUCAAGUCACCUCCUGGCUUCUCCGCCAAAGGCCUGGCCCAUGCACCCAACUCUCCGCUCCUCAAGAAGGCACCACUGGCCCUGGCGGGCUCCCCGACCCACAAGAAUCUUGAGGAUAAGGGCCCUCAGCUAUCCUUGAGCCCCCGGCCGGCCUCCCCAAAGGCCCAGUGGCCCCAGUCUGAGGACGAGGGGCCCCUGAAUCUCACCUCGGGCCCAGAGCCAGCACGAGACAUCCGCUGUGAGUUCUGCGGCGAGUUCUUCGAGAACCGCAAGGGCCUGUCGAGCCACGCGCGCUCCCACCUGCGGCAGAUGGGUGUGACCGAGUGGUAUGUCAACGGCUCCCCCAUCGACACGCUGCGGGAGAUCCUGAAGAGACGGACCCAGUCUCGGCCCGGUGGACACCCCAACCCACCAGGGCCCAGCCCGAAAGCCCUGGCUAAGAUGAUGGGCAGCGGGGGUCCUGGCAGCUCGCUGGAACCCCCCAGCCCCUCGGACCUUCACAUCUCGCCUUUGGCCAAGAAGUUGCCGCCACCACCAGGAAGCCCCCUGGGUCACUCACCGACUGCCUCUCCUCCUCCCACGGCCCGGAAGAUGUUCCCAGGCCUGGCUGCACCCUCCCUGCCCAAGAAGCUGAAGCCUGAACAAAUGCGGGUGGAGAUCAAGCGGGAGAUGCUGCCAGGGGCCCUUCAUGGGGAGCCCCAUCCAUCCGAGGGUCCCUGGGGGGCACCGCGGGAAGACAUGACGCCCCUGAACCUGUCGUCCCGGGCAGAGCCAGUGCGUGACAUCCGCUGUGAGUUCUGCGGUGAGUUCUUCGAGAACCGCAAGGGCCUGUCGAGCCACGCGCGCUCCCACCUGCGGCAGAUGGGCGUGACCGAGUGGUCGGUCAAUGGCUCCCCAAUCGACACACUGCGGGAGAUCCUCAAAAAGAAGUCCAAGCCGUGCCUCAUCAAGAAGGAGCCUCCAGCUGGAGACCUGGCCCCGGCCUUGACUGAGGAUGGUCCCCCGACAAUGGCUCCAGGGCCCAUGCAUUCUCCGCUGUCGCCCCUGGCUGGCCGUCCUGGCAAACCAGGAGCCGGGCCCGCCCAGAUUUCCCGGGAGCUCAGCCUGACGCCCAUCACCGGGGCUAAGCCCUCCUCCACUGGCUACCUGAGCUCAGUGGCAGCCAAGCGACCCCUGCAGGAGGACCGCCUCCUUCCAGCAGAGGUCAAGGCCAAGACCUACAUCCAGACUGAACUGCCCUUCAAGGCAAAGGCCCUCCAUGAGAAGACCUCCCACUCCUCUACCGAGGCCUGCUGCGAGCUGUGUGGCCUUUACUUUGAAAACCGCAAGGCUCUGGCCAGCCACGCACGGGCGCACCUGCGGCAGUUCGGCGUGACAGAGUGGUGUGUCAAUGGCUCACCCAUCGAGACGCUGAGCGAGUGGAUCAAGCACCGGCCCCAGAAGGUGGGCGCCUACCGCAGCUACAUCCAGGGCGGCCGCCCCUUCACCAAGAAGUUCCGCAGUGCCGGCCACGGUCGCGACGGGGACAAGCGGCUGCCCCUGGGGCUGGCACCUGGGGGCCUGGCCGUGGUGGGCCGCAGUGCCGGUGGGGAGCCCGGGCUCGAGGCUGGCCGGGCAGCUGACAGUGGUGAGCGGCCUCUGGCGAUCAGCCCUCCAGGCACUGUGAAGGCCGAGGAGCACCAGCGGCAGAAUAUCAACAAAUUUGAGCGCCGACAAGCCCGCCCUCCGGAUGCCUCUGCAGCCCGAGGGGGCGAGGAAGCCAAUGACCUGCAGCAAAAGCUGGAAGAGGUGCGACAACCUCCACCCCGGGUCCGGCCAGUCCCCUCCCUGGUGCCCCGGCCCCCCCAGACAUCACUCGUCAAGUUCGUCGGCAACAUCUAUACCCUCAAGUGCAGGUUCUGUGAAGUGGAAUUCCAGGGCCCCCUCUCCAUCCAGGAAGAGUGGGUGCGGCACUUACAGAGGCACAUCCUGGAAAUGAAUUUCUCCAAAGCGGACCCCCCGCCUGAGGAGCCCCAGACCCCACAGGCACAGACAGCAGUGGCAGAGGCGCCCUAACACAGAAGCAUUCCAGAUUCCCUCUUGUGCCACCUCCGUCUCCUCCACUUCCUCCUCUGUGUCCUCUUCCCUUUCCUCACUCCUUCUUUUCCGUUUCCAAAGGAGCAAGCCAAAACCUCAAACCGGUGCCCCUUGGGGCCCGGGCACACUACAGCUGGGGCGCCAGGAGCCAGCUCGCCGCCCUUCGCCCAGCCUGAGGACUCUGGGGCCACAGGGUGUCUUCCUUCAGCCCUCGCCCACCUGGGCUCACAGGGCGGCAGCCAGCUCUCUGGUGGCAGCCGGUCCGGUCACGGGAGGACAGCACUCCCCUGAGUCUAGCAGCCAGGCAGGGCUCUGUCUGCCCUCCGUGGCCAUUUGCAAAGACCCCAAAGACCCCUGUUCUGGUCCCUUCUUGCCCCCAUGAAUAUCCACUCACACGCACGUACAUGCAAACACACACACACACACACACACACACACACACACACCCCUCGUGAGACCCGGGAUCUGCCCCAGCCCCCCAGUUCCCGAGUCACAUGACCCCAUCACGCCACGGUGCUUGCUCAGGGGAAGCCGCGCGCCCUCUGUGGGCCCGCCACGGCCUGGGAGCCCCCCCACUGAGCCCACGAUGCCACGGAUAUCCUUCUUGGCCGCCCCUCAGUGGGGCCUUCCCAGCUGGAAAGAACUCAGAGCUGACAGCUGCCUCCUGCCAUGUCAAGGCCCUCCAGAGCCUUGGGGGCUCCGGGGGCCCAGGAGGGUGAGGUUGGGGGGUGGGGUGGGACUCUCCUCCCCCCACGCCUGCCUCCCUCCCCCUUUUCACUGUCGCUUUCUAUGUAUAGCUCCCUAGACCUUUCACUUUUUUAAAAACGCGUUUUGUGUAGAGACUAAGGAAACGUGGAUCUUUUUAUUUUGCAGCCCUGGGCCGGGUAGAGACCGGGAGAGCUCAUUGACCUUUUCACUUUUUUCAGUGGCCCCAUUUUGGUUAUUGAUGUACCUAGAAGUAUGUAAAUUAGAUUAAAUUUCUCUUCUGGAAACAACCCCAGGGGCAGGA